CCUUCUCCAAUCUCCGUGUUGUUGUUCCCGGUGACGCGGCGGAGGUGUAGCCUGACGCGGGCUCUUACGUGUCGGCCAGAAUAAAAGUGGAGCUCCGGAGGCCCGGGAGUGACGAAGGGAGUCUGUAUCGCUCAGCCAAUGAAGAUGGAGUCAGCAGUUGAGGCUCAGCAUGGGGUGGAGACUGCUGUGACUGAGGCGGAGAACCAACAAAUCACCCAAGCACAGAUUGCUACUUUGGCACAGACAGCAUGGUCAGUCGCUCCUGAAUUUCAGGUAACGAUGACAACAGGCCACGCCUCGGCCACAGGUCCCACAGUUACGUUGGUACAGCUUCCCAACGGACAGACGGUUCAAGUCCACGGUGUCAUCCAGGCUGCACAGCCGUCUGUUAUCCAGUCACCACAGGUCCAGGCCGUGCAGAUCUCCACCAUAGCAGAAAGCGAGGAUUCACAGGAGUCAGUGGACAGCGUGACUGACUCUCAGAAGCGCAGAGAGAUUCUGUCACGACGGCCCUCGUACAGGAAAAUCCUGAAUGACCUUUCAUCCGAUGCACCUGCUGUCCCUCGUAUCGAGGAAGAAAAGGCUGAGGAGGACUCAGCUGCCGCCGCCGCUGCCGCCGCCACGCCCUCAAUCACCACAGUUACUGUCCCCACACCCAUCUACCAGACCAGCAGUGGCCAAUACAUUGCAAUCACACAGGGCGGGGCUAUUCAGCUGGCUAAUAAUGGUACAGAUGGAGUCCAGGGACUUCAGACUCUGACCAUGACCAACGCAGCAGCAGCCCAGCCUGGAGCCACCAUCCUCCAGUACGCGCAGACCAGCGACGGCCAGCAGAUACUGGUUCCCAGUAACCAGGUGGUGGUCCAAGCUGCCUCCGGUGACGUCCAGGCCUAUCAGAUCCGAGCAGCCCCUGCAAGCACCAUCGCCCCGGGGGUUGUGAUGGCGUCAUCCCCCGCCCUCCCCACAGGAGGCGCUACUGAGGAGGUCACCCGCAAACGGGAAGUCCGCCUCAUGAAGAACAGAGAGGCAGCCCGUGAAUGUCGCAGGAAGAAGAAGGAGUAUGUAAAGUGUUUGGAGAACCGAGUGGCCGUCCUGGAGAACCAAAACAAGACACUAAUUGAAGAACUUAAAGCCCUCAAAGACCUUUACUGCCAUAAAUCUGAGUAGUUCCUGUCCUGAACACCGAGCUGGGCCAAGUAGCGUAUCAGUUCUUUUCAAAUACUUUGACUGUUUGAUUCUGCCUGCCUGGCCUUCCAGUUUACACACGACUGGCACUUUUGGAUGAAAACUCCCUAAUCCUGCUUACACUACCUUCUCUUAAGUAUCCUGUCAGUAUAAUACAUUUAAAAUAUAAAAAAAAUACAAAAUCUUUCAAGUAUCAGUACACUGAAUACACUUGUAUGUGCUGUCACCCAGGUCUGAUGAUAGACAUUGGCAAAGUGCAAAAAUAAACGUUCUAGUCUAAAACUGUAGUGUGAUGGAGACAGUAUGUGACAGUAGCUACUAUCCUUGCAACAUCAUUAAAAAGGUAAAAUCAGCUGCUGACAACGGUUAACAUGUUGCUCCACACAUCUUUGACUGUGGGCCUUUUCAUUUUCGUAGAUUUUGCUAAUACCCACAUAAGUUAGUUCAACACUGUACCCAUCAUGUUUAUUGUAGAGAGUCCAAUGUCCAAUGAGGCAGAGGAAAUAAUAUCCUUAAAUCUUUCAACAACAAAAAGAACCUCCCUGUGGUUCAUCUCAACCAUGUUUUUGUUAUCCUAGCCAGAUCAUGUCAAACAAAAUGGUGGAUUUUGACGUGUCACCUCUGUUUAGACCUUAAUUGUUUUCUAGUUGCAUUAUGGUUUACGUGUUGAAAAGGCUCGUAUUUUAUUGGCCUCAUCUGGCUCCAUUCGAGCAUGUGUGUUUACUGUGUAAGAAAUAAUGCCUGACCAGUCCUUGAAACAUAGCCAUUGUUGUACCUUGAUGUAGUACAGUAGCUACACUGUGGACCAGAACUAUGUUUAAGAAGUCCUGAAAUGUGAUUUUAGGGACACCUGCCAAAUAUUUAUGAUUUAAUAAUCCCUGUUGCCAUGGUAACUUAAAAUUCACAGUGGUGGGUUCGGUGUUAAACUGCAGUCUGGCCAAAACUAUGACAACAAGACCCAGCUUGGGGAUUUAAAUUAAGACUCAGACAUUUCUGCGUCAGGCAAGCUCAGUCAGUUGCAGUUAAAGCCUUUGAAUGAAUUGUCUACUUGAUCCACAUCCUGGUGUGAACCAACCUUUUUAAAAAAUGAAUUAUUACACAAUAACUUGUAUAGCGGACUCUGCAACUAAUUGGGUCCAAAAAAGUCAUUUUUUUGUGUUUUUAAAGAUGCUACCAACUGCCGAUUGUGAAGGAUGUGGAAGAACUGUGUACAUCAGCAGACAGAGGAUUGCCUCAGUCAUGUCAAAUGUUAAAAAGAGACGUAUUGCAGUGUGACGUCACACUUCUCAGUUCACUCAUAUUGUUUUUCUGCUUCUCCACAACAGAAGAUUGUCAGAGAUGCUAUUAAAAUAAGAUUCUUUGUAGGAUAAGGCACAAUUUUAAAGAUGGAUUAUUGUUUCUGCAACCUGGGGUUCCUAUUAGUUAUGGUAACACUUCACUCACUAGGUUAAGUCCAGUAGGGCAGCAACAGAAGGGGUAAUUUUAAUUAAAACAAAUUUGUAAGUAAAAGCAAAUCUGAAUAUUUAAUUUACUACCCAAACAGGUUGUUGCAAAAACACUAUUGCAGAACUAUUUAGUUUUUCCACUUUGACUGACCAUACUUACUGUUGUUCUGCAAACAAGCAGUUUUUCAAGGCAAAGCACAAUUUUAAUGGACAUUCAGACGUGUUCGGGGUUGAGAUAAUUGGGGUUGUGUUAAAUCUGAAGUCAAGCGUCAUCUCAUUGUGCCACAGUAAACUGUCAGUUUUUCGUCACAAAAAUGACCAUCAUGAUCCAAGUUAUGAUUUUUCCUUAACAUUUCAUUCUUCUGUGUUUUACAAUAUGUGUCUGUUUUGCAAUGUUGUAAACUAUGGAUUGUGAUGUGAGAUUGCAGAGCCGCCAUUUUUUAAAUAUGUAGCAGAUUGGAUUCUGUGUGAAAUCUACUGGCUACGAUUACGCGAUACACUUAAAAUCCAUGAAAAUGUGCGUUCUGUUUAAAAGAGGCAAUUUUGUGUUACUGUGCGUUGUUUUUUGAGAAGAUACACGUACGUAUUUGUUUAUUUUUUUAUAUACUGUACAUAGACUCUACAGCAUGAGUAGACCUCAUAUUUCUGUUUAUUUGAUAUGAAAAAUGUUCUUAUGGCUUGUAUGAAACCAACUUUGCAUAUUUGUAACACAUCGAUGUAUAAUAGACGACAAUGUAUGUGUGUAUUCAUGUAAUCCACCAGGCCUACCACAGUCAUGGCAGCUAAGUAUAUGAGAAAAGGCCUUUGUUGGAGACGUUAUAUUUUGGAGUGUUGUACUCUGUUUUGGGAUCUGCAGUGUUUGUUUAUAGAGAAGUGUGUUGAGAGAAGUCAGGGUCAUCAACGUAUUUGAAUUUCAUAACUAACACUUUUGUUUAUUCGUAAACUGCACAGCAGAAACCUCGGUGGGUUCAAACUCAGCCGCACAUCGUAGUGUUUUUAACUGUAAAUGUAUUUUUAUCUCAUAGACCUGGACAGAAAUGUCUCCAGUAGCCAUUUUUUUUAUAUCAUCCAAUGAAUCAAAUGAAAGCACAAUCUUUCGUCUUGAGCCCUUUUUAUGUUUAUUUUAUUGUACUUUGACUAAAUGUAUUUUACUACAAAGCUACAUUAGAUUUUUUUAUGGUUAUUUUAUUGGUUCCAAUGGUACACAUCAGUUAAUCCUCAACCCAAGUAUUUGCUCAUGUCAACUGGGAACUAAACAAACAAAAAUAUUUUUAAUUUUUUGAGUAUAAAAACUCUGUGAUUUAGUGAUAGAAACUCAGAAUUCUUUUUCCUCCAGCUCACUGUUGAUGUUUGGAACUGAAGCCCACUCAUAGAGGUUGUUUUUAAUCCUCAGCUUAAAAAUCAGCUUAACCCAAGGUCCACAUAAUAGCUUUUUCCAAAGCUUUCAAAUACAUCUCACAGUUUAGUCUUCAUCAGGAGAUGGAGGUCGCACAGUUGUCAUCACGUGACAAAGUAUGGAACUUGUCGUGUGAUAACAGGUGGUCAUGAGAAAAUAACCCGUGUCUCUGUUCAAAGGUGGUCUUUGGUUCGUUUGGUUGAAAGCUCCGGAAGUGAAUAAGUGGAGAUAAAAAAGUUGAGAUAAAAUUACUUUGACUGCUAAUCUAUUUUUAUCUUCACAAAGAAAUUUCAAAACUUCAGUCAUUAGGUGAACAGAAAUUUGGGAGCACUAAUGGCCACUCUAACAAUUAGAGUGUGUUCCUUAAAAUGUGUGUUGUUUCUGUUGUUUUCAUUUUGUAAGGGUCAUGAGUUCAUGGUAGCUCUGCCAGUUUUAUUUUUCUUGAAUAAAACAUUUUGAUAGUGUAUUUGUAAUGUAUAGAGGAUUAAAGGGUUGAACCAG